AUGGACCCCCCGCUGGGCCAGGAGAGGAGAGGUCCGGUCACCCCCUCCUCGUCCUCACGGUACCACCGCCGGCGCUCCUCUGGAUCCAGAGACGAGCGGUACCGAUCAGAUGUUCACACAGAAGCGGUGCAGGCGGCCCUCGCCAAACACAAAGAGAGGAAGUUGGCGGUGCCGAUGCCUUCCAAGAGGCGGUCACUGGUGGUCCAGACCUCCAUGGACGCCUACACACCACCAGGUACGGAAACAUACAAACAUCUGUUCUCCAGGGCUUUGGCGCUGAGGCCCGAGCAGACGGUGCUCCCUCUGGUGGAUAAAGCCAACACCGUGGAGACGAGGAGAGGAGUGACGUUCCAGCAUCCAGAGAUCAUCGCUCACACAGACGUGCUCACCUCAACUCUCUCUGAACCGUACUACUGGAAACUACCAGAGCAGUUCAGAGGCUCCAUGAUCACAGCAUAUGGUGGACAGUUGAAAUAUGCUGUGUACUUUGAGGCCAGAGAGGAAACCGGUCCUUCGUCCUACGAGCCCCAGGUCAUCAUUAAAGGCGGUCCUAACCUUAAUAUCCUGAUGACACGGCACAUACCGGGACUGCAGAUUGGCACGCUCACCCGCCAUCAGAUCGACAUGACAGAGCAUGAGUGGAAGUACGCAGAUGGCAGGUCCAUGACUCGAGAAGACUUCAUGGAUGUUUUGUUCUAUGUGGAAUAUAUCCUCAUUAAGGCUUCUCACGGAAACUUGAUGAGACACAGCCGUAUUUCAGAACUCAGUUUGACGGUGGCCGAGGAAGGCAGACCAAGCAAAGAGACCUUGAAAGCCCAUCAGAUAGAGAAGUGUGAUUGUCCAAUCGGAUACUCCGGAUUCUCCUGUGAGGAGUGCGCUGCAGGUUUUUACCGUCUUCGCUCCGGCUCCACAGCAUCUGCUCCUGCGUCCAGAGUGCCAACCGCUGCCGGCAUGGGCAGCUGUGUUCAAUGCCAAUGCAGUGGGCACUCUUCCACCUGUGACCCUGAGACAUCCAUAUGCCAGAAGUGCCAAGACAACACAGAGGGCGAUCGGUGUGAGCGCUGCGCUGCGGGUUUCUAUGGUGUGGUCCGAGGUUUCCAUGACGACUGUAAACCCUGCGCCUGUCCCCUCACCAACCCAGAGAACAAUUUCAGUCCAACGUGUGUAACAGAGGGCUACGAUGACUACAGAUGUACCGCCUGUCCUGAGGGAUAUGAGGGCAAAUACUGUGAGAGGUGUUCUACCGGUUACCACGGUAACCCGCGGAUGCCCGGCGGCCACUGCGAGGAGUGUAAGUGUUCGGUGUGGGGGGCGCAGCCCGGACCAUGUGACCCGGUCACUGGCCAAUGCCGGUGCAGGGUCGGGGCAUCUGGGACGUCAUGUGACCAGUGCAUGGACCGGCAUGUGUGUGGAGCCGCUGGCAUCAUCUCAUGUGAUGAUGAGUGCUCGGGUCUGUUGAUCAGUGACAUGGACCGCCUGUACCGCAUCAUCACUGAGGUCACCCUGACGUCGCCCCUCCCACCACCUUAUAAGGUGUUGUACCGCUUUGAGAACAUGACGGAGGAACUAAAGCACAUGCUGUCACCUCAGAAAGCUCCGGAGAGAUUACUGCAGCUGGCCGACUCCAACAUGGGAUCACUGGUGGUUGAGAUGGACCAGCUACACAGCAGGGCCACUAAGGUGUCUGCUGACGGAGAGCAGGUGGAGGACGAUGCGGACAGGAUUCAUAAACGAGCUGAGGACCUGGAGCAGUUCAUCAGGGACACACUACUGGGAGCUCGAGACCUCCAGUCCAAGGCUGCCGAGCUGAACCAAACUCUCUCUCGGAACGAUGGAACUCCAGAAAAAAGCCUGGAGGAGAUGAAGGAGGAGAUCCAGGCCAUGCUAGACGAGAUGAGAAAACGACAGCUGGGAGGGAAGAAGAACAUCGCCGACGAAGAGAUGGAGUAUGGACACACUUGA